AUGGUCAGCUCCUGUUGUGGCUCUAUCUGCUCCGAGGAAGGCUGUGGCCAAGGCUGCUGCCAGACCACCUGCUGCCGCCCCAGCUGCUGUGUGUCCAGCUGCUGCAGGCCCAGCUGCUGUGUGUCCAGCUGCUUCAGACCCAGCUGCUGUGUGUCCAGCUGUUGCAGACCUAGCUGCUGCCGCCCCAGCUGCUGUGUGUCCAGCUGCUGCAGGCCCAGCUGCUGUGUGUCCAGCUGCUGCAGGCCCAGCUGCUGUGUGUCCAGCUGCUGCAGACCUAGCUGCUGCCAACCCACCUGCUGCCGCCCCAGCUGCUGCAUCUCCAGCUGCUGCCAACCCUCUUGUGGUGGUUCUAGCGCCUGUGGCUCCAGCUGUUGCCGUCCCUGCUGCCGCCCCUGCUGCUGUCUGAGACCAGUCUGUGGUCAGGUUGGCUGCCAAACCACUUGCUACCGCCCCACCUGUGUCAUCUCCACCUGCCCCCGCCCCAUGUGCUGUGCCAUCCCCUGCUGCUGA